CUUCGACGGCGUCGUCAUGGCAUCGCGCCGUCGCAACAUGUUUACGGGGGAAACGCUGGACGAGGUGAGCGAGAAGCACAACCUCAAGCUCGACUACGCAGCGAUGCUGCAAGUGCAGAUUCGCGAGCAAAAUGAAAAGAAGGAGCAGCUCAAGCUCCAAAAGCAAGAAGAGCAGCGCCGAGAACGCGAAGAAAUGGACCGCAUGCACAGCGGUAAGCCCAGUGCGAAGAACAGUGCGCCGCCACCGCCCAACGACCCGCCCCGUCGUGCGCCGUCCCCAGAAAAGAGACAGCAAACGCAUCAGACCAUGAAUGCGCCGGUACCUGUGCCAGCGCCAGCUCAACCUGUGAUGCUUGCACCGUCCCCACCCCGACCCAUGUACCCCGAACAGCCGUCGCCGAUGCAGGCGAGUCCGGCGUACCGACCGAGCUUUACGCUGCCGUCCGUCUUUGGAUCCUCGCUACCAGCAGCGACGUCCAUCUUCCCAUCGCGCAAUACCGCAUGUCCUCCGCAGGAGAUUGACGCGGUUCAGCGGCUCCGUCAUGAGCUCGAAGAGGCCCGCAAACAAAAGCUUCAAGUCUCCAAGGAAAUGUAUCAAAAACCAAAUUUCAUGCUGCAAAUGGAUCCACCCAAGGCGCACAACGUGCUGCCUCGACCACGAAGCAGUCAUUGCAUGAGCAACAGUAACAACAACAACAGUAACAACAGCAAUCAUGCUCCAUCGCUGGACUCGCCACUCGCGAAAGAAGAACGGCGGGUGGUUGGCUUCGGAACACUCACGCCUCGUCCAUCGACGCCCUGUCUCGAUAUGUCGUCCAACCAGCUGGAAAGCAGCAGCUCGUUCGUGUCCGUCGUCGCCGGCGACCGAGCCACGCCCCGCGGCGCCUCUCUUCAGGCCGAGAGUUGUUUUGUGCCCUUUCUCGGUCGGGCGCUUGCAGAGCCGCAAGACGCCCACCACCACGUCAGCGACACCAAGAAGAAGAUACAGCCAAGUCCCUUUGAGGGCCUCGAAGACUCGAUCGACGACAUUGACGCUGUUCUCCACGCAUUCUUGGCCAAGCAGAGAUAGUCGCGAUACCCCAAUGCAGUUGGACCCAGACCAGAUAAGGCGACCUUGCGUGACCUAUGC